GGUGCGCUGUUCCUCUUCGUCUUGUUUGCCUCAAGUCCGACGACAGCGCUGUCUGCUCGGCUGGUGGAGGAAGAGGAGGACACGCAACCAGGAGCCCCCAAAACCAGCACAUUGAAUUCCGCGAUUUUUUCAAAAGAACAGUAUCCUCGGCGUAUGCGGCCGCUUUUUGUGGAGUGCGCAGUCGAUGAGUUUCUGAGAGACUUGUACGUGGAGUAUGACUCUGGAGUGAGCAACCAGGGGGUGCCUCCUGCUUCCUUUAACCAGAACAACGCUGGGGAAGUGAACCGAUUCUGCGGGUCUGCUCGAUUCCGUUCCUUCCUCCGGGAGAAUGGAUGCGCGCAUGGGGCUGGGAAACUAAUGCCCGUGAGUUGGGAUCGACCCUGAGUCAUGGAACUAAUGGUUCUGUCUGCAGGAACGCGUAGUAUCGACGAGGCAGAGGCGCACACUACUGCACGAAAAGCACACAUUUUUUCGAUUACCUUUUAAACCAUCGGGAGCAUGCAUCGGAACCACGGUGGUCUUUGUGUCGCCCAGUGCCCGGUUUCGGGGGGCCUCCUCUAAAAGGGUGUCGGUUCCUGGAGCUUUUGGGUACCGACCUAAACACAUAUUUUAUUUUUUUGCACUGGGAAAAAAGGGCACGAUUUUUGGAGCGAUCGACAUGUAAAGAUGAGCCCAGAUGUUUCGACCAGAGCCACUGACCGUUGACUCCUCAGCUCUCAGCUCUCCCUCGGCAGAACACUGAACGCCGCCGCCGCUAUCAGGAACAAAAGCUCCCGAUGCCAGGAGGCCUGACCUCCCAACGCACUAGAAUGGCUUCCCCACUGUGGAGGUGUCUGCUGCUGCCCUGCCUGCUGCAGCUGCUUGUGUACACCAACGGCUCCGAGGGUUUCAGCCGUGCUGCCUUGCCCUUCGGGCUGGUCAGGCGGGAGCUCUCGUGCGAGGGCUACGCCAUCGACCUGCGCUGCCCGGGCAGCGACGUCAUCAUGAUCGAGACGUCCAACUACGGCCGCACCGACGACAAGAUCUGCGACGCCGACCCCUUCCAGAUGGAGAACGUCAACUGCUACCUCCCCGACGCCUACAAGAUCAUAUCGCAGAGGUGCAACAACCGUACCCAGUGUGUGGUUGUCACGGGCUCCGAUGUGUUUCCGGACCCAUGCCCCGGCACCUACAAGUACUUAGAGGUCCAGUAUGAGUGUGUUCCUUAUAAAGUGGAGCAAAAAGUCUUUAUCUGCCCUGGCACGCUGAAGGGCAUCGGAGCUCCCACCUUCGUCUUCGAAGCCGAGCAGCAGGCGGGCGCCUGGUGCAAGGACCCCCUGCAGGCGGCCGAGAAGGUGUUCUUCAUGCCCUGGACGCCGUACCGCACGGACACGCUCAUCGAGUACGCCUCGCUGGACGACUUCAAGAGCGGCCGGCAGACCACCACCUACAAGCUGCCGCACCGCGUGGACGGCACGGGCUUCGUGGCCUACGACGGCGCCAUCUUCUUCAACAAGGAGCGCACGCGCAACAUCGUCAAGUUCGACCUGCGCACGCGCAUCAAGAGCGGCGAGGCCAUCGUCAACAACGCCAACUACCACGACACCUCGCCGUACCGCUGGGGCGGCAAGACGGACAUCGACCUGGCGGUGGACGAGCGGGGCCUCUGGGUGAUCUACGCCACGGAGCAGAACAAUGGCCGCAUGGUGGUGAGCCAGCUCAACCCGUACACGCUGCGCUUCGAGGCCACGUGGGAGACGGCGUACGACAAGCGCUCGGCGUCCAACGCCUUCAUGGUGUGCGGCGUGCUGCACGUGGUGCGCUCCACCUACGAGGAGAACGAGAGCGAGGCCAGCCGCAGCCACAUCGACUACACCUACAACACCAAGCUGAGCCUGGGCGAGUACACCGACAUCGCCUUCCCCAACCAGUACCAGUACAUCGCCGCCGUGGAUUACAACCCGCGCGACAACCAGCUGUACGUGUGGAAUAACUUCAACGUGCUCCGCUACGACCUGGAGUUCGGCCCCCCGGAUCCGGCGGAAGUGCCGACCAUGGAGGACUCCUCUGUCUCCGUCUCUUCCUCACCGGAGACCAGGCCGCCUGCCGUCGCCACGACGACCUUCGCCCCCAAGCUGGCGCCCAACGCCACGGCGGCCCCCGGAGCGGGCGCCGACCCCAGGGACGGCCGGGACCCCAUGGAGGGCUCCCGGGGCUCGCCCACCGCGCACCCCACCGCCCCGGGCGUGCCGCCCACCGCCCGGCGCUUCUGCGAGGCCACGCGGCGCCGGGCCAUCGACUGGCCCCAGACGCACACGGGGUCCGCCGUGGACCGGCCCUGCCCCAAAGGAACCAGAGGAAUCGCCUCGUUCCUGUGCUCCGCGGCGGGCACCUGGUGCCCCAGAGGGCCGGACCUCAGCAACUGCACCUCCCACUGGGUGACCCAAGUCGCACAAAAGAUCCGCAGCGGGGAGAACGCGGCCAACCUGGCCAACGAGCUGGCCCGCCACACGCAGGGCCCCGUGUUCGCGGGCGACGUCAGCUCGGCCGUGCGGCUGAUGGAGCAGCUGGUGGACAUCCUGGACGCACAGCUGCAGGAGCUGCUGCCGCGGGAGAAGGACUCGGCGGGACGCAGCUUCAACAAGCUUCAAAAGCGGGAGAAGACGUGCAGGGCCUACAUGAAGGCCAUCGUGGACACCGUGGACAACCUCCUCCGGCCCGAGGCGCUGAAGUCGUGGGAGGACAUGAACGCCACCGAGCAGACGCACGCCGCCACCAUGCUGCUGGACACCCUGGAGGAGGGCGCCUUCGUCCUCGCCGACAACCUCAUCGAGCCCGCCGUGGUCAGGGUGCCCGCGGAGAACAUCAUGCUGGACGUGUACGUGAUGAGCACUGAUGGACAGGUGCAGGACUUCAGGUUCCCCCAGACCAGCAAGGAAGGAGCGUCCAUCCAGCUGUCCUCCAACACGGUCAAGGUCAACAGCAAAAACGGGGUGGCCAAGCUGGUGUUUGUGCUCUACAAGCACCUGGGUCGGUUCCUGAGCACGGAGAACGCCACCCUGCGGGGCGCCAGCGAGCCGGCCCGCCGCAACCUCUCGCUCACCGUCAACUCCCACAUCCUGUCCGCCUCCAUCACCAAGGAGUCCAGCCGCGUCUACGUGACCGACCCCGUGGUCUUUACCCUGGAGCACCUCGACGUGAUGUCGGCCUUGUUCUCCUGGCGGCCAUCUUGGUUCUUCAUGCUUAGCCAAUGGGAGCUGAAUGUGUUCAGAACCAAGAUGGCGGCUCUCUGA